GCAUGUUCCGCCGCGCGCGAUGUCUACCUACUAGUAGAACUUCCUUUGCUUUCUGUACUGUUACCGUCGACAUUACGGUUUCCAAAACUCCCUUUGUGGCAUUCCGAUAACCACCCUUGCCACUUCUCUCUCUCUCGUCUCGAUCCUCCACACCAGAGUCAUUGUUGCAGCUCCUUCUUCUCUACGGCAAUCCUUUCUACGGCUUCACUGCUUGUCGAAGGGGUGACAUGGCCGGCGUUCAAGUUGCUUUCCCUUGAGCUGGAUCUCGCAACGUUUGAACCUUGUAUUUUUUUUGGAACCAAAAGAAUAUUCCUUGGCUUCCUGGUCGCCUAUUCAUUUUUUAAAUUCCAUUCUUCUACGAUACCCAUCCUUCAUCCUUCAUUGCAGGACAACUCGACAUCAACAUGGAAGAGGCAAAGACACUCAUCAGGACCGCGGUCCGCACCUUUUUCCACCAACCCCGACAGAUCCUGAUCGUCGACGCCCUCAUGCUCCAUUCCGUCCUCGGCAUGGACGACCUUUCCGUCUUGUUGUCGGCACAACCCAAAGACAUCCGCAGCAUCAUGACUCCCCUCCGAAACGCCCGCCUCGUACAGACACACUCCCGCGUCGAAGUGCGCGUGGGGUCCCAACGCGGGAGCCCGCGGGAAUACUACUACUGUCCGUUCCACCCGGCGAUCGACGCGAUCAAGUACCGGAUCGCCAAGCUGCGCAAGAAGGUGGAGGCACUGUACCAACAGGACGAGACCAAACGCAAGGACUGGAGGUGUCCGCGCUGCAAGGCCGAGUACGACGAACUGGCCAUCCUCGACAAGGUGGGCGCCGACGGCUUCUACUGUGACCGGUGCGGGAGCACGCUGGUGCAGAACGAGCGCGCGACCGAGGACCGGGGCCACCACGAGAAGAUCAGGAGGGUCAACGACCAACUGAAGAGGUUCGACGACAUGAUCCUCAAGAUCGACCGGAAGGAUGUGCCCGAGAACGAUUUCCAGAGCGCGUGGGAACGGAAAAAGGACGUGCCCCGCGAGCGUGGCGGGAAGGAACACGGGCAGUACGUCGAGAUCAAGCGGGACACCAGGACCUUCAAGAAGGGCCCCGAGAUGGUCAAGGUGGAGAACCUCGCCAUCAACCUGACCAGCGGGGCGGAGCACGACAGGGAGGAGGCCGAGCGGAAGGAGGAACGCAGGAAACUGUUGGCGAAACAGAAUCAGUUGCCCGCCUGGCACACGAACAGUGCGAUCGGCCCUUCGAACGGUGCCGGCGGUGCAGCAGCCGUCAAGGUCGAAUCGGGUACGGGGACCGGUACGGGGACACCGGAGUCGGGAACCAACGAGAUCAUGGCGGCGCCGAAAAAGGAAGAGGAAGAGGAAGAAGACAAGAAGAACUUGGACAUCAUUACGGACGCGGCGGCGACUGCUACGACAACGACGACGACAAAUUCAACCCUCCAAGACGAAGUGGCGGCUUACAUGGCCGAAAUGGAACGAGAAAGACUCGAGGCCGAGAAGCGGGCCAAGGAAGAAGACGAAGACGAAGAGGAUGAAGAUGACGAUUUGGAGUUUGAGGACGUUGAUGUCGUUGGCGGCGGUGGUGGUGGUGGUGGUGGUGGUGGUGCGGGAACGACGAGUAACGUAGGGACCCCGGCCAGCUUGGACGUGAAACCCGUCAACGGCGUCAAGAGGGAAUUCGACGACGAGAGUGGACCGAGUAGCGAUGCCAACACGCCCGCGAGUUUCGGCGGUGACGGACGAGGAGAUAACAAGAGGGUCAAGUUUGAGAAUGGAGUGACGGCGGCGACAGCAAAUGUCAAGGUUGAGGAUGACGCGGGCACGACCACGACGGGUGGUGGCGUCGAUGGCGAUUCGGAUGAAGAUGAAGAUUUCGAAGAUGCCAUGUAAUACUUUUUUUUAGAAAGAAAAAUAAUCAUGAAUCAAGAAAAACACAAGAGACGUGACUAUAAAAGUCACCAAUCAGUAUGGUGUUGAUAUUG